AUGGCCAUGCAGGAGAAAUACCCAAGUGAGAGGCUCUCUCAUGCCACUUCACCAGGUUCCAGUGGAAUUCAAAAGGGUAGUUCCCUGGGGACUGAAUGGCAGACUCCAGUUAUAUCAGAGGCUUUUCGGAGUCGAUUCAGCCGCUGCUCAAGUGUAGCUGACAGUGGGGACACAGCCAUUGGCACAUCAUGCUCAGACAUUGCAGAGGAUUUUUGUAGCUCAAGUAGCAGCCCUUCUUUCCAGCCCAUCAAAAGCCACAUAACCAUUCCAACAGCCCAUGUGAUACCUUCUACUUUGGGGACCUCUCCUGCCAAGCCACAUUCUAUACCUGCUGGACUCUCUUCCUCCAAACUCCCUUUGUCAGGGCUGGCUGAAGGUGUGGGGAUGACAAGAAAUGGAGACCUCGGUGCAAUGAAACGUUCUACAGGCCUGUCUAGAGAUUUCAUGUAUCUUUGUGGUGCUACUGGAGAAAAUGGAAUUGAGCAGUCCUGGUUUCCAGCGGUGGGCCAUGAAAGAGAAGAAGAGGUGAGGAAGUUUGAUAUUCCCAGUAUGGAGUCUACCCUUAAUCAGUCGGCAAUGAUGGAGACACUUUAUUCAGAUCCUCACUACCAAGUCCACUUUCACAACCCAAGAGCUGACACAAACAAGGAGUUAUACAAAGUGUUGCCUGAGACCAAAAAGGCACCAGGCAGUGGGGUGGUAUGUGAGCGGAAUGGACCUCACCCUAAUAGCAGUGGAGUGCUCCCUUUGGGACUCCAGCCUGCUCCUGGCUUCUCCAAGCCUCUACCCUCUCAGGUAUGGCAGCCGAACCCUGACCCUUGGCACCCCCGUGAGCGAUCUUGUGAGCUCAGCACUUGUCGGCAGCAGCUGGAGUUGAUCCGUUUACAGAUGGAACAAAUGCAGCUUCAGAAUGGAGCCAUCUGCCACCAUCCCGCUGCAUUUGCUCCAUCACUGCCCACAUUAGAACCAGCACAGUGGAUCAGCAUCUUAAACAGUAAUGAACACCUUCUGAAGGAAAAGGAGCUCCUCAUUGACAAGCAGAGGAAACACAUCUCUCAGCUGGAGCAGAAAGUACGGGAAAGUGAACUGCAAGUCCACAGUGCCGUUUUGGGCCGCCCUGCCCCCUUUGGGGAUGUCUGCUUGCUGAGGCUGCAGGAAUUGCAGCGAGAGAACACUUUCUUACGUGCGCAGUUUGCACAGAAGACAGAAGCCCUGAGCAAAGAAAAGAUGGAGCUUGAAAAAAAACUGUCUGCUUCAGAAGUUGAAAUCCAGCUCAUCAGAGAAUCACUCAAAGUGGCGUUGCAGAAGCACUCAGAGGAGGGGAAGAAACAGGAAGAAAGGGUAAAGGGUCGUGAUAAGCAUAUCAAUAAUUUGAAAAAGAAAUGUCAGAAGGAAUCAGAACAGAACCGGGAGAAGCAGCAGCGUAUUGAGACCUUGGAGCGCUACUUGGCUGACCUGCCCACCCUGGAAGACCAUCAGAAGCAGAGCCAGCAGCUUAAGGAUUCUGAGUUGAAGAGUACAGAGCUGCAGGAGAGAGUGACUGAGCUGGAGAGUUUGCUGGAGGAGACCCAGGCAGCCUGCAGAGAGAAGGAAGUUCAACUGGAAAGCCUGAGACAGAAAGGAGCAGAAUUCUCCACUAGACAUAGCCUGCAAGAUAAGCAGUGUGUGGAGGAGGCCAGUGGAGAAGAUCCAGCCCAACAGGGAGAAGGUCCAAAAGUGGAAAUGGAGUCCUGGCAGAAAGAAUGUGAUUCCCUCCGAAAGAUUGUGGAGAAGCAACAGCAGAAGAUGGAUCAGCUGCGUUUACAAGUACAGAGCCUAGAGCAAGAAGUGGCUCAGGAAGAAGGAACAAGCCAGGCCCUGAAAGAGGAGGCCCAGCGGAGGGAGACAGCUCUGCAGCAGCUGCGUACAGCCGUGAAGGAGCUUUCAGUGCAGAACCAGGACCUGAUUGAGAAGAAUCUGACACUCCAGGAACACCUGCGCCAGGCCCAACCAGGGUCCCCGUCUUCACCAGACACAGCCCAGCUGGCAUUUGAGCUGCACCAGGAGUUGGCCAGUUGCCUUCAAGAUCUGCAGGCUGUCUGUAGCAUUGUGACCCAGAGGGCCCAGGGCCAUGACCCCAAUCUCUCCCUGCUCCUGGGCAUUCACUCUGCACAGCACCCGGGGACUCAGCUGGAUUUGCAAAAGCCGGAUGUGAUCAAGAGGAAACUAGAAGAGGUUCAACAGCUGCGCCGUGACAUCGAGGACUUAAGGACCACCAUGUCAGACAGAUAUGCCCAGGAUAUGGGAGAAAACUGUGUCACACAGUGA